GUAUCCAGAUUUAAUACAGAGUUUGAUUUUGUACAUUGUUUGGGUAAAGGAGGAUUUGGAGUUGUGUUUGAAGCUACUAAUAAAAUGGAUGAAUGUAACUAUGCAAUUAAAAGAAUUUGUCUUUCAAAUAGAGUGAUGAGAGAAGUCAGGGCUCUCGCUAAACUAGAUCACCCUGGUAUUGUCAGAUAUUUCAACGCUUGGAUGGAAACUCCACCAUUUGAAUGGAAAGAUAUGCAAAAAGAAACUAAGCCAAUCGGAAAUCUCUAUCUAUAUAUUCAAAUGCAGCUGUGUCGAAGAGAAACAUUAAAGGAUUGGUUAUGUGCUAACACGUUAAAUCGUGACCGAAGAACUAUUCUCGAUGUAUUUGAUCAAAUUGUGGAAGCUGUGGAUUAUGUUCAUAGCUGUGGUCUGAUGCACAGAGAUUUAAAGCCAUCUAAUAUAUUUUUCUCAAUUGAUGGAGCUAUAAAGAUAGGAGAUUUUGGUUUAGUAACUGGUGUAGAGAAACAGAAUGAUGAGUAUAUAGAACAGAUUGGUAUGACUGAUAAACAUACAGCCGAGGUUGGAACUCAGUUAUAUAUGUCUCCUGAACAGGUUGCUAGAGCAACAUAUGAUCAUAAGGUUGAUAUUUUUUCCAUGGGAAUGAUUCUCUUUGAGUUAUUUUAUCCUUUCUCUACACAAAUGGAGAGAAUCCGAACACUUGUAAAUGUCAAAAAUCUGGUAUUCCCUGAAAGAUUCCAGAAGGAAAUGCCAAUAGAGAUGAAGUUCGUUCAGUGGUUAUUGGCCUUGAAACCCUUAGAGAGACCUUCAACUACCCAAAUAUUAGACAGUGAACUAUUGGAGGAAUUUGCAGUCAGAAGAACAGCUUCUAGAUUCCGUAAUAGGACAAUAUCUGGUGGUAGCUCAUCAUCAGUCGCCUCCCCUUGA